AUGGAACCAUCUAACAGCUCUGCCAUAAAAGCAACAUUAGGUGAUUCCUCGGUCAUCAAGCCCUCCUUUGACUUCUGCCAGCACCUUAUCACCAUACCGUUAUGCCCAACAUUCGAAAAUCUCAACUUUAACACCUUGCAAGUAUUGCUCCGAUUUCGAUCAAGUCCAAACCACGGUACGAAAUAUCUCGCACAAAAGAAAUUACAGAAAGUACGCAAUGCAUUGAUUUCGCAGGCUUUUACGUCACCCCUAUUUGCAGGCAUAGCUGAGUUAUCAACAAAUCUCGGUACUUUGUUGGUGAGAUCUUCAAGGCCGCAUAACGAUCCCUCCAAAGCGCAAUCUUUGGAUGCCUUUUGGAUUUCUUAUUUUAGUCUUCUAGCUGCUUUGGAAAAUCUCUUUUCAAAAUUAAAAAUUUCAGAGAACAAAAAGACGCGCAAGAAGCCCCUUUAUAACACCAGUGCCAGGGUCAAUGGUAAAGCAGGGGGUUUCAAAUAA